CCAGCCUCACACAUCCACCGCAGAUCAUCACCUGCACAUCCACCCACAUAUUAUAAAAACAAAAAAAUGAAAUCGUUCGUAGUUCUAUCAGUCCUCGUGGCAGCUGCGUGCGCUGCCCCUCAAUACCAGCAACAGUACCAGCAACAACAGCAGUACUCUCAAGGCCAAAUCAUUCCCAUCCUCAAGCAAACGCAAGAGGUCAACUUUGAUGGCUCCUACCAGUACAGCUACGAGACUGGCAAUGGAAUCGCUGCUCAGGAACAGGGAUACUUGAAGAACGCCGGAGUUAAGGACGCCGAGGCUCAGGUUGCCCAGGGCUCCUUCACCUACACAUCACCCGAGGGCAUCCCAAUCUCUCUGUCUUACACCGCUGACGAGAACGGAUUCCAGCCCCAGGGCGCUCACCUCCCCACCCCUCCCCCAAUCCCAGAGGCCAUCCUCCGCGCUCUCCAGUACAUCGAAUCCCAGCCCAAGCAGCCCCAGCAGAACUACCAGCAACAGCAGGUGUACCAACAGCAGCAACCCUUCCGCGGUUAAGUGAACCAACAUCACCACUCGAACGAUACUCAUCGCACGACUGUACCUAUUCACCAUGUAGUUAAGAUGUACGCCUAGAAUAAGUAUCUAUAACGAUUGUUACUGUGAUUUAUUAUAUUUUAUAAGAAUGAAUAAGACCGAUUAAGUAAAAAGUACAUUUUAUAA